UUCUGCUUCCAAACAGCAACGGAAACGGUGUGGGACCGUAACACAAAAAAACAGUUAUCAAAGCACAAGAAUUAAAAAUCCGUCUGGGAGGACGGUUUUUGAUUCGAAGUGAGACCGGGGGGGAAAGCGCCGAUAUCAUUCGUCUACAUUUUUGGCGUUUUUUUUUUUUGUGUGACCAAUUUUUGGUUGUGUUUAUUUUUAAUGCUCUAUUUUUUAGUUGAAAAGGGGAAGGGGUAACGCCUGGUUUAGUAGUUGUGUUGCUCUUUUGCGAAAGACAGUUGUGUAUUAUUACAGAGACUCGCAAAACGACAUUUAUUUGUCAUUUAUAUAAUUCAGUGACUAACUUGAAUCGUUUUUGUUUUUUUAAAUGCACGUCUUAUUUUCCAUGUGAGCGUGUUAGCGACCAACGCCUCUUCCGCUCUGAAGGCUUUUUUUUUUUCUGAAGAGCAAUUGUUUUGUGCCGUGCGUUUGAUUUUUAUAUCGAGUCUCUCGUAUUUUUAAUUAAAAAACAAAAUGGGUUGCACGCUGAGCGUCGAAGACAAGGCGGCGGCGGAGAGGAGCAAGAUGAUUGACAAGAAUUUGAGAGAAGACGGCGAGAAAGCGUCUCGGGAGGUGAAACUUUUGUUGCUGGGUGCUGGAGAGUCUGGGAAAAGUACCAUCGUGAAGCAGAUGAAAAUUAUUCAUGAAGAUGGAUAUUCAGAGGAGGAAUGUAAGCAGUACAAAGUGGUUGUGUACAGCAACACAAUCCAGUCUAUUAUUGCAAUAAUCCGAGCCAUGGGAAGACUACAGAUAGACUUUGGAGACCCGACACGAGCGGACGAUGCCCGGCAGUUGUUUGCGCUGGCAGGGACUGCCGAGGAGGGGAUUAUGAGUGCUGAACUGGCUGGUGUAAUAAAGAGGCUAUGGCAAGAUGAGGGCGUCCAGGCCUGUUUUAACAGAUCCAGAGAGUACCAGCUCAACGACUCUGCAUCUUAUUACCUCAAUGACUUGGACAGAAUAUCCGAAACAAGUUACAUCCCAACACAACAAGAUGUGCUCCGAACCAGGGUGAAAACCACAGGCAUAGUCGAGACUCACUUCACUUUCAAGGACCUGUACUUCAAGAUGUUUGACGUUGGUGGCCAGCGAUCUGAGCGGAAGAAGUGGAUUCAUUGCUUUGAAGGCGUCACGGCCAUCAUAUUCUGCGUAGCACUCAGUGACUAUGACCUUGUUCUUGCAGAGGAUGAAGAAAUGAAUCGCAUGCAUGAGAGCAUGAAGCUGUUUGACAGCAUCUGCAAUAACAAGUGGUUUACAGAUACCUCUAUAAUCCUCUUCCUGAACAAGAAGGACCUUUUUGAGGAAAAGAUCACGAGAAGUUCCCUUACCAUCUGCUACCCCGAAUAUGCAGGUUCCAGCACUUACGAAGAAGCGGCUGCAUACAUUCAGUGCCAGUUUGAAGACCUCAACAGGCGAAAAGAUACGAAGGAAAUCUACACUCAUUUCACCUGCGCCACAGACACGAAAAAUGUGCAGUUUGUGUUUGAUGCCGUGACUGAUGUCAUCAUCAAAAACAACUUGAAAGAAUGUGGACUUUACUGAACGCUUUGAAAGAACUUGCAGGUCGUCCUUUUUUAGAGUGACGCAUGAACACAGGCUGCAGAUCGGUUCCUGUCUCCCCUGAUUGGUUGCAGGUUUGUAGAAAAGGACCAAAUGGAACCACCUGCUGCUGCUGCUGUUGCUGCAUGCAGUCCUUGUAUUCAUCCGCGCCAAAUCUGCAUUCUGAAUUGUUUUUUGUUUUUUUUUUUUUAAUUAAAAAAACUCUGUAAUAUUUGAUGCUAUUAAGCAGACAAGAUGAAAUUCUGUAAAUAAAUCUGAAAUUCAGCGGUGAUAUGCUGAUCCAUGCUAAUCCUUUUUUUCUGAAGGCCGAGGGAGUGGGGGGGGGGGGGCACAGUGCCACAUUUAAACAGUUUAGCAGUAUGAUUAGCGAAGCGACGGGAAUUUUAAAACCUGGUUAUCGAGUCGCCAUCAUCUUAGACCUAAUGUCCUAAUUUGUCCAUGUUUAGGUUUAAUCUCACUCCCGGGGUAAGCACUUUUUACUAUGCACGCUGACCAUGAUGUGGUUCAAAGUUUUAUUAUGCUGGAACAUGAGGCAUGCUGUUGUCUUGUGCUGUUUCACCAAGUCAUGUUGUAAAUGGACAGAAUGAAUAAGGACAUUUUUAUGUUGCCAAACCUCUUCAGUAAGAAAAUAAGGGGACCUCAAACGUGUACCCAUAAUUUAAGAAAACUGUACACAUUUCUAAUAAAUGUGCAGGAUUAGAGGGCGUUUGUAUUGUAAGGUGUUCAUGCAACGAGGCGUCCUUUAGGCAUUGCUGUAACGAUGUGAUUGUAUUACAGUUUGAUACAGUGUGUAUCUUUUAAAAUCUUGUUUAAUAUGUUGAUUUUUUUAUUCCCCCUGUGAGAUGCUUUCCUCUGGGCCCAAGGGAUCUGCAUGGAAAUGAAGGGGAUUAAAAAAUGAUUGCGUAUUGGCUAACUGUAAUGAAUUAAUCAUUUCAUUUUAACUUGCUUUAACAGAAGUUCUUCAUUGAAACCAGUACUGUUAGUGCAGUCGUUCUGUAUCUGCCAGCAAUGUGAAAACAGUGUACUGUUAAACUUGCACUCCAGUAUAAGGGAUGUAUAUUUGGUCACAUUAAAUGAUUAAUAUAUGCAGUGUUUUUUUUUUUUUGUUUUUUUUUGACAUGUCCAAGCUUUUCUUCCCCUCCCUGCCUCCACCUUUUUUCUUUUCUUUUAUUAGAUAAUUUCCGCACAAACUGAUUCAUAAUGAAAAGUAAUCGGAAAUCCAGAUUGGCUUUUUUUUAUUUUUUAUAAUUUGACAUUUUUGUAACACGCUCUUUUAUUUUACGUUAUGGUGGCCCUCUAUGCAGCUAGAGCAUGCCUUUACCUUGUGAAAUGUGGUGCCAAAUAACCGAUGCCGUUGUUAACUAACAUUCUCCACUUGAAUUUCUUUUCAUGUACAUUCCUUUGCUGAAUUUGAAUACAUGUGGUAUUCUGUCUAUGACAUUUUGUACAGGCUUAAUGUUAAUCUUGGCAAUAUUAAAUGACAGUGAUGGGC